AUGCCCUUGGAUGUGACAGGCGACAGGGUACUGACUGCGAGGUGGCAUCCGUACCUGUAUCACUCACGCAGAGUGGCCCACUAUCAGCAAACGAAUUAUGGGUGGGGCGUUGGAGGCAAGGUAUUGGACGCCUCCGUCACAGAAGACAAUGCACUCCGACCUUUGCAGCCCCAUGCCUCAGAGGAUGAUCAACGCAACCGCCUCACUGUCCGGCGGCGACGGGGCCAAGGCCUCCACCAUUAUGAAUUCUGCCUAUUCAAUCGCAUCCUACUGGCUGGUGGCGGCGACCCGGGCGAGGCUGCUUGCAGCCAUGGGGCCACUAGCGAAGAGGAGGGUGAUGUUGAGCUCCCGGGAUCCGGCUCUAGUCUCCCAAUCAAACCACGUAUCCUGAUGCAAGUCUCUGUUUUGAGCGCCUGUCCGUGCAUCACACAUACCGGGGCCUUGCCGCUGGAGAGUGCAGGUGAUAUGCCCAAAUUUGAUGGUAUCGACGGGAAGCGCGGCCAGGCCAGGCCAGACCUCAAUGAAGCAAGGAAAACACUCCGUAAUGAUAUGGUUGGAAGCCACAAAGCCCCCGUGCUGCUGGCAUCGGGCACUGGAAGACGGCGAUGGGCAACAUCUGAUGUUGAUCGAUAUUGA